AUGCCUCCAGUUUUUUUUCAAAAGCCUGAAACGGCGUUAAAACGGGCUCAAGAACUUAUUUCGGUCGGCAAGGAGAUCGAUGCUCUUGAAACUCUCCAUGAUACUAUUAAGUCAAAACGACAUAAACAAUGGACAAAGACACACGAACAGAUAAUGUUAAAACACGUAGAACUUUGCGUUUCACUUCGCAAAGCACAUAUGGCCAAAGAUGCAAUGUUUCAAUACAAAGCACUCACCCAACAAGUUUCAACAAAAUCGUUAGAAACAGUCACUUUAUGUUAUCUGGAUCUUGCCCAACAAAAAACAGAGGAAGCGCAGAAGACUUCUUUGGAAAAGGUCGAAGAAAUCGAAGAUUUGGAUAUGGCUGAUGCUCCUGAAAACUUGCUAUUAUCUGCAGUGUCGGGAGCAGCAGCUCAAGAUCGAAUGGAUCGAACAGUAUUAAGUCCAUGGUUACGAUUUCUAUGGGAGUCAUAUCGAAAUUGCCUGGAUCUGCUAAGGAAUAAUUCUGUGUUUGAACAAUUAUAUCAUCGUAUAGCUAGACAGUCGUUUGAAUUCUGCUUGAAGUAUCAGCGCCGAACUGAGUUCCGUAAAUUGUGUGACCAUUUACGAUUACAUCUUACUCAAAUUCAAAAGCAUCAGCACCUGCCUCAUGUAGUGAAAUUAACGAGCGCUGAAUCUCUGACAUUGAUGCAAGAUACCAGAUUGAUUCAACUAGAUACAGCUAUUCAAAUGGAGCUUUGGCAAGAAGCCUAUCGAAGUGCAGAAGAUGUUCAUGGUAUGAUGCAGUUAAGCAAAGAUAAGGAUAAAAGAAUGGUCAAACCAGCUAGUUAUGUCAAUUAUUACGAUAAGCUUGCAUUAGUAUUUUGGAAAGCAGAUAAUCGUCUCUUUCACGCUGCUGCAUUACUCCAGAAAUUUAUCAUUUAUAAGGACAUGAAAAAAAUGUUCACUGCAGAAGAAGCAACAGAUCAAGCGACUAGAGUUCUUUUGGCAACACUCUCAAUUGCAGAUGGUGCUGAUAAUCCUUCUGAUCUUACACGUCAUUUAGAUAUAGAGGAACAACAUAUCGCUAAUAUGAGAAUACUUUCAAACCUGCUUCGAUUGCCUAUCGCGCCAACACGUGCUGGUAUCUUAAAGGAAAUUGCCCGUUUAAACCUUCCAGAUAUUGCACAUGAUAGUGCCAAGUCGCUAUAUUGUUUGCUUGAAUGCGAUUUCACACCUCUACGUCUAGCAGCCAGUGUACAAACUGAAUUAUCAAAAAUCCAAGAAAUGCAAAAACCGGAAUAUGAUCAGUAUGUUUCUGCUUUGCAUGGCGUAACAGCAACAAAAAUUGUCAAGCAAAUGUCUUUGAUUUACGAUACCUUAUCAAUAAAACGUGUCCACGAAAUGAUUCCGUUUUACAACGACAUAGAAUUUGAACGUUUCUUCGUUGAUAUUUGCAAGCAUCGUUACGUACGGGCGAGAAUCGAUCAUCGUGAUAAUUGUGUUCAUUUUUGUUCAGCUGAUGCAACAUUAGCAAGUGCUUUCGAAUGGGAAGGAUCUGAUGGUUUUAUUGGAGAUUUUGCCCAGGUUGGCAUUGAAGGUAUUCGUGGGCAUUUAGAAUUAAUGCAUCGUCAAUUGCGAGAAAUCGUUGAAAUAUUGGAUGCUGAUUCAUUGCGAACCGAGGCUUUAGAACAUAUCAAACGUCAUGCCGAAGUAUAUGCUUAUCACAAGGAUAACGAUUAUCAAAGAAUGCUAAUGCGCCGCAAAAAAAUUGAAACGUAUAAGGAGACGAGCGAACGUCUAAAACUGGAAAAGAGCCAGCAAGCUCAGGCUGAAGCAAAUAGAAAAGAAGAAUUGCGAAGGGCUGAGGAAAUGCGUCGACUUGAGCAGGAAAAUAUCGAAAAAGAAAAAAUGCGCAAACAAGCUGAGCAGGAGGAGAUCGAUCGAAAAGUACGUGCAGAAAAGAUGAAAAGGAUACAAGCCACGCCAAUAUAUCAGGCAAUCGUUAAAGAUCAUGGUGAAGAAGCAUUCCAGAAUAUGGAUCCUGAUUCUGUUUUACGCGAGCAACGUGAUCGUUUGGAUGAACAGAGGCGAGAACAACAAGCUCGUUUGCAACAACAGGAGAAGAAAUUUGAUCACAUGGUGCGAGCUUAUCAUCUUCACGAAAUGAUUGAACGUAAAAAAAUUUCUGAUGAGUAUGCUCGUACUGCACCCGUUUUACAUGAAGAAUAUGAGAAACGACGAGUUUUUAUGGCAAUUCAAGAGCAUGAAGAAGCAGUUUCGACAUAUGAAAGGAUGCAAAAAGUAAGCAGUGAUGCCGCUGCGUUUCUUGAAAUAGUGAAGAAUAAUCAUCGUGAAGAAUUUGAGAAAAAAAUGGCUGAGUGGGCUCAAAGAUUGCAACAUGAAAAGAAACAUCGAUUGGCUCAAAGGCUUGAAGAAAGAAAACGAAUCAGACGGGAAAAAUGGCUUCAGUCUCGAGAACUGGAACAAAAAAGGGCGAAGGAAGCCUUGGAACAAGCUCGAAGAGAAGAAUUGGAAAGAGAACGUCGUGCAGCACGCGAAGCACAACGUCAGCCUAAACGAGAACAGAUUGAUAGUGCUGCUGAUUCUGAUGUGGAUUGGCGAAAAGGUGCACAGCCUACGGCAGUGAGGGUUCCUGCUGUGAUACAACGUCAGCAGACCACUGAUCGGAUAGAGAGUGAGAGGCAGCGUGAUAAUCGGCCUAUAUUUAAUCAGGCUGCAUCAGAAGCCGAUAGUGGGUUGUGGGUACGUGGUCAGGUUACUGCAGGUGCUAAGCAGCAGGAAACACCAGCACGCGGUUCACUUGUGAUGCCGCGUCAUCAAGUGUCAGAACGAGAUUCUGCUCGAAUGAAUGAUACUGAUCAUGGUAAUUGGAGGCGAGGUCAAACUGUUAAAUCUUACAAGGAGUCGAUUUUGAAUCCAGCGGAUGUCCGGUCGGCUACAACGGCAUCUGACACUGGCAUUUGGCGGCGUGGAUUGACUACAGUGCGUCAAGGUGGCGAUGGCGAUGUAAAUAUUGCGCAUGUUUCAUCUUCACAGACAGCUACAUCAGAAAGCAAUCAAUCUUGGAGGCAACGUCCGCGUUUAGUGGAUGGUGCUUUAGCUCCAUCUAAUGGUGUUUCUCAUUCUCAUGAACAAGAUGGGAGUGCUCUAGGAGAAAUUACUGAUCUAGAUAAUGGUGGCAAAUGGAGUCAUAUUUCCCCGCGCAAUCAACAACAGCAAAUGCGUAAUCGCCUAGCUCAGACAACUACUACUCGCAAAACUGCUGAAAACGAUCGUAACUGGCGCAAAAAAUAG